GCAAUUCGCAUCGAUUCAAGAGCGAUAACUGUCCAUCAAUCUCAUUAUUUCUUUCGCAAUAAUAUUAUAUUUCCUGUUAUUAUUACUACUCUAGAUUUCUAUCAAGUGUACAAUACAAUAUAGUAUAGCGUAUAAUGUCCGCGGCGUACAUCAACAAUUGUAAGCUUUUGAAAAGUAUUUGUUUGAACGUUUCUGGUGCUAUCGGCAAGAGAAAAAUGAGUAUUAUCAAUAACGACGUCGGUUUGCAUUCGUACGACGAUGCAGUCAAAAUGUUGAAUUCUUUGCAAAGUUAUACUUCAAAGUUAACUCGUCAUCCAGGAAAUUUAAAAUUAGGACAGGUGAACACAUUUUUAAAUAGAUGCGGUGUGAGUAAUGAAGAUUUGGACCAGCUUUCAGUCAUUCAUGUUGCUGGCACCAAAGGAAAAGGAUCCACAUGUGUAUUUUGUGAACAAUUGUUGUCAUAUAAAGGUUAUCGCACUGGCUUAUUUACUUCUCCACAUUUAAUCUCUGUCAAGGAAAGAUUUAGAAUUAAUGGAAAAGUCAUUACUGAUGAUAAGUUUGUGUUUUAUUUUUGGAGUGUUUACAAUACACUAUUAUCAAAACGAGGUAACGAAGAAGAAUUACCAGCUUAUUUCAUGUUUUUGACUGUUAUGGCAUUUAAAAUGUUUGUCGAUGAAAAAGUGGAUGUUGCAAUCAUAGAAACUGGAAUUGGUGGCGAAUAUGAUUGUACAAAUAUAUUAAGAAAGACACCAGUUGUUGGAAUUUCAUCGCUAGGAUUUGAUCACACAACUGUACUAGGAAAUACUUUACAAGAAAUUGCUUGGCAAAAGAGUGGAAUUAUGAAGCAAAAUUCUGUAACAAUUGUUGCUAGUGAUCAACCCAAAGAAACUCAUCAAAUAUUAAUUGAACGUAGUAUAGAAAAACAGACAACAUUAUUGGAAGCUCCACCGUUCAACAAGUAUAAUUGGUAUGUAAAUACUUCGGAAUUAGGAGUUUUUAAUACAGCACAAGAGAUAAAUGCUUCACUUGCUAUUCAACUUGCUAAUGCAUGGAUAAAUCGAAAGAAUAAAGAUUGGCUAAAAAAAUGCAAUGUUGGACUAAGUGGAAUGAAACAAGCUCCAAUCUGGGAAAUAAAUAAACAAGAUAAACAAGCAAUAAGGGAUGUUAAGUGGCUUGGUCGCAAUCAAGUUCUAAACGUAACACAUAAUUUAUCAUAUUUCUUAGAUGGAGCCCAUACAAUUGAGAGUAUUCAGUUAUGUAGUAAAUGGUACCAAAGCGUUUGUCCUAAGUCACAAUCGAAUGUACAAAAUAUUUUAAUAUUCAAUGUAACGGCAUUAAGAGAUUACUACACGUUUUUAAAAAUACUUUUAACUGAAAACAAAAUAGAUUUAGUUUUGUUAUGUCCAAUAAUUACAUCACUUGAUAAUCGCCGUCCAGAUACUGUUGAUUUGAAUUUCAAUUAUGAAGAACAAUUAAUCAAAUGUCAUGAUAUGAAAAAUUCUAUAGAUUUUUGUGAUGUAAAAGUAUUUAAUUCUAUCCAAGAAACUAUCAAUCAUGUUGGAAAGUGCAGCUCUUCUGACAAAAAUACAAUCUUUAAAAUUUUAGUAACUGGCUCUUUAAAACUUGUUGGUGGAGUUUUAGAGGUCCUCCAAUCAUGACAUUUAUUUUAUAAAUAAACCAAUUCCAUAGAAUAUUAGUUAUUGUUAGUGAUAAAAUUUAAUCUUUUCAGUUUAUUUAAGCAUAAGCGGUACUAUUCAAUUAUUUAUAAGAAUACAUGUGUUAAUUAUUUUGAAAAUCAGUAACAAUUUUUUUUAAACAUUUAUUUUUGUAAAACAUCGUUUAAGAGAUGCCAUAAUAUAUUGCAUUUAAACAAAGAUUUAAAUCACUUUUGCUGAAUCACAGACAACCGUUACUGACUUUUCCAACUAAUUAACAUACAGAGCUUAGCUCUAUCUUUUUUAUAUUAUAUUUAUCUAUUGCCUUGUGAAAUUUAUUUAGUUUGUAAUAUUAUUUCUAAUUUCUAAUUAUAAUCAAAUUAUAAAUGCUCAAAUAUAUUUUAACUUUUUGUUACCAUUUAAAAAAAAUGUUGAUCACAGUUAUUGUAUUUUUUUAAAAAAAAUUGGCUUAUUGAAGUAUAAAAUGUAGUUAGUCUUUUUAUUUCAUUUAAAAAAAUAUAUAUUUAACUUAAAUCAGUUUCUUAUGUAUGUACACAGUAGAUAAUUUGUAAAUAACUUUUUUAACAACACUAAAACAUGCUCAUGCCAAAUUUCAACCAAUAAAAAAUUACUGAUAUAUGAUUUGCUAGCCAAAAGCUCAAAACAUAUCUAAUCAGUUUUACAUUUUGAUUGAAGUAAUGAUAAUGCAAAGUUGGAGCUAAGUGCAAGAAUAAUAUUUAAAUUAGUUCUUUUGAGAAAGAAUUCUACAAAAGUACUAAGUAGAACUUUUAUUUUGUUAUAACAUUAUGUAUUGAUUGAAAAUUGGUAUUUAAAAUAUUCAAAACGUGUCAAUAUUAAUGUAUUACUAAUAAAUAAGUUAUUUCUUUUAACAGUUAUCAAAUUAUAAGCAUCUGUGCUAACCACUAUUUGCAUUGAACUGCAUUAUCACAUUUCAGGUACAACUGAUAUCAUUUGAAUGCUGUGGGUAAGACUAACGGCACUGGUGGAGUCAUAUGGAAAACGCUAUUAUAUUAUUCUUUGGCACUGCCACUGGUUACUUUUGUGAUUUAAGUUGCUGAAAUUUAUUGUACUCUAUCAAUCUAUGUUUUAACUAAGAGA